AUGAAGAGAACAAGAGACGACCACCCUUCUCACUUUCUCCAUCAAUCCUCCGUUUAUGAUGAUGCUGAUGCUGAUGAUGAUUAUUCUUCCUCAUCGGAAUCUGGAGGGUUUCAGCCGCAGCCGCUGUCUCCACAGCCGCAGAAACACUUUUGUGUUAUUUGCAGUAAACAGUUCAGCUCCGGUAAGGCUUACGGUGGACAUGUGAGAAUCCACUCGAGCGAGUACAAUAACAAAGGAAAGACAAAGAAGAUGAAACUGAAGAAAAGAAAGAUUGGUUUGGUGAACAAGGAAAAAGAGAAACAGAAAAAGAUAGAUCUGAUUAGGGCUGACGUUGAAGGUAAGAUAAGGUGUUGCCUAUGCAGAAAAGAGUUUCAAACAAUGCACUCUUUGUUUGGACAUAUGAGGAGACAUCCUGAUCGUAACUGGAAAGGGAUACGACCUCCUCCACCGGAAAAGCUCAAUCUUAGCUUUUUGGAUGAUGAGGAUGAGGACGAUGAUGAUGAGGUAAUGAGUAGAUCCAUAAUGAUGAGUGGUGUAACAGUGGAUGUUCAGAAAGCUGCUUGCUGUCUAAUGAUGCUCAAUUGCGAUACGAGGAAAGCAGCCAUGGGAACAGGAAACUCCAAGGUAAGAACUCCGAGAGAUGGCGAAAUGGAUGUUGAAGGUUCAACUGUAGAUAUGAAGGUAAAGAUGGAAAUCGAGGUGAAUGUGAACAAUCCUCAAUCUGAAGCUAAGAAAAGUUCCUUAGGGUUUGAUCUCAAUCAGCCUUGUCAUGAUUCAUACUAA